AUGCACCUGGCUGGUGUCAAUAGGCAGGGAGUUUCAAAGUUUACACCUGAAUCUGUUCCCCGUGGGUCGAGCGAGAUCUCUCUUGAUCAAACCCUGCUGCGGCAGCAGCCUCAAGGAUCAGAACACAGAUCUGGCGAAAGCUUCGGUUCGGAGCUCGUGAAGUACGAAGCGGUUGAAAUCCAGGAGACGGCCUACCCAUGCGAGGACGGGGCGCCCCUCGGUUGCAAGGAGGGUCUCCGGAGACACAGCCCGCACUUCCGCGGGAAGCCGUACCAGUGCGCUUAUUGUGGAAAGUCCUUCAGCCGCCGGUCGCACCUGGUGACGCACGAGAGGACCCACACGGGAGAGAAGCCCUACGCCUGCUCCUUCUGCGGCAAGAGCUUCAUCCAGAGCUCCCACCUCAUCCUCCACGAGAGGACCCACACCGGGGAGAAGCCCUACCGGUGUUGCGCCUGCGGGAAGAGCUUCAGCAGCACCUCCAACCUCCUGGCCCACGGCAGGACCCACAUGGGCGAGAAGCCCUACAAGUGUGCCGUCUGCGAGAAGGGCUUCAUCAGCAAGUCGCACCUGGUCCGCCACCGGAGGAACCACGCCGGGGGCAGGCCGCCCACAGAACAAUCCUGUUCCGGGAAAGCCUUCUGCGUGACCUAGUUCCUUACGAGAGACCACUCUGGAGUAAAGCCAUACCAGAAAGCCCACCUUAUUUUACAAAGAAGGUGUGGGGCAGGCUAGAGAGAGAGAGAGAGAGACCCAUGACAUUUUAAUUUUUGUUCAGAUUUGGCUGCAUCGGAAGGUGUUCCAGGUCUGGAAGAAAUUGUAGCCCGGGAGCGGCAAAACCUGUGGCUCUCCAACUCCUCUUAUGUUUCCUCAUUAGAAUAAUUAUUUUAUUACUUCUAUGCCGGCCAUCUCACUGGGUUGCCCCAGCCACUCUGAGCAGCUUCUGGGGAAUUAUAAAAACACAAUAAAACAUCAAAUGUUAAAAAGUUCCCAAUACUGGCUGCUUUCAGAUGUCUACGUAAGGUCAUGUAAUAUUGUUUAUCUCCUUGACAUCUGGUGGAAGGGCGUUCCACAGGGCAGGUGCCACGACUGAGAAGGCCCUGUGCCUGGUUCCCUGUAACCACACUUCUUGCAGGGAGGGAACUGCCAAAAGGCCCUCGGAGCUGGACCUCAGUGUCCAGGCUGGAUGAUGGAAGUGGAGACAGGAUCGCAAGAAAUAUUAACUGUAGUAUGCUAUUUCUUUAAAGAAAUGGUAUACUACAAUUUAUAUUUGUUUGCGAUCCUGUCUCCUGGCAUUGAUUAUUGGUGAACAGGGGGGAGCAGGUGGCGCUGUGGUCUAAACCACCGAACCUCUUGGGUUUGCCGAUCGGAAGGUUGGUGGUUCGAACCCGUGCAAUGGGGUGAGCUCCCAUUGCUUUUUUCCAGCUCCUCCCAACCUAGAGGUUCAAAAGCACACCAGCACAAAUAGAUAAAUAGGUACCGCUGCGGCGGGAAGGUAAAUGACAUUUCCAUGCACUCUGGCACUUGUCAGAGUGUCCCAUUGUGCCAGAAGCAGUUUAGACAUGCUGGCCACAUGACCUGGAAAAGCCAUCAGCGGACAAAUGCUGGCUCCCUCGGCCUGAAAGCGAGAUGAAUGCUGCAACCCCAUUGUCUAAUUUGACUGGCCUUGAACUGUCCAGGGGUCCUUUACCUUUUACCUUUAUUGGUGAACCUACCAGUGAGAAAUGCCUGUCCUUCUGGGCGCUGGACUUGAGGGGAGAACUUGAGGAAAUGCAUAGAUCCUGGAUCAUUACUUGACGUGAAAAUAAUUGUUGGAUCAAUCUGUUCAAAAAGUGUGUGUGUUUGUAGGGACUGAGGCAACGAUCCUUUGGCUCAUUCCUUUGAUGAAAUAAUUUCAAACCAUUGCUUUACUUCUGUUGCACAGCAUCCAACCAUGUAUUGCUAGGUUUUUCCUGCCUUAUAUGUUAGCGACAUUCGCACUCUGCACUAGCCGGGACUCUGUAGGCAUAAUAAUAGUAAUAGUAAUAAUAAUACUACUACUAAUAAUAAUAAUAAUACCCCACCAAUUGGCUUGGUUUCCCAGCCACUCUGGGCGGCUCGCAGCACGUAAAAAAAUGGUAACACAUUAGACGUUAAAAAUUUCCCAAUACAGGGUUGCCUUCAGAUGUCUUCGAAAGUCAGAUAGUUGUACAGUAUGUAGCCGUUGUCUGUCUGUAAGGAAGUUCCCUUUAAUAAUAAACACAAUGGAGUAUGAGUCCAAAGUGGAAUUUAUUUAACAAUUGCUACACUAAUUAAAUAGAUUUGAAAUAUGUAUCCAAGGAAAUAGAAACACCAUUAAAAGUUUUAAGAGGAAUUUCACUGUGAGCUGUGUCAAUUUAUGACUGUAUGGAGCUGCAUGAUCUUUCGCUUUCUGUGACUUAUGGCUCCUGUGUGGGUGGAGUGAUUGGCUUAUUUUGUUCCUAUUCUUAUUUAUACUUAUUUAUACUCUUUGGAGUAGGAAAUCUGUAUGCCCUGUAUAUAACCACUACCUUUGCAGAAGGACCGUGUGGAGGACUGAAGAACAUUAGGAACAGGACUGGGGAAAAUAAAAGCUGUGGGUUAUCUUCAUGUCAUCAUACGAAUCUAGGGUGAGGCCUUAUAUCCUGCCAGCGAAUAUUGUGCAAGCAAGUUGGGGUGAAUUACCGGUAUGCACUAUAAAACUGACCAGAGUUGAGUCGGCUCCAGAUGACUGACUCUGGAGUGAGAAUUGGGAGUCUAUAUGCUUUUGCAACUUGCAUUGCCGGCAUUAGGGGUAGUCUGGGUGGCGCAGGGUGUGACGAUCCCACCGCUACCACCAAAAAUGUGACGAUCCUGGUUCCGGUUUCCGCCGGCAGGAAUGGCGGACCUGUUUUCCAUCCCUCUGACCUUCGUAAGGAAUUUGGCGGUUGCUAGGGGAGUAAAUGGCAACCCCCUACCCUCUCCGGGGGUUACGGAGAGGGGCCGCUGGCCCGCGAUGCCCCCAGACCCACUCCGACUGUUUAUGGAGUGGGGGGAGCUUGGGCUGAAAAGCACUUACGAGGGCCAGGACUCCCGGACGCUAAUCUGCAUGGCGGGGAUUUCCAUGGUUAAAGAAGAUAAUUAGGUUUAAAUCUAUGGACAUACUUCAGAAGGAGGGGAAGAAGCGCUGUUUACUGCUGAGAAAUUUAUGCUGCUGAGGGAGAGGAGUCAAAGGCUGUAUUUCAUCUGGAAGAAGGAUUGAUGGGGACGGAGCGAUAAGGGAAGUGAGUUUUUUUUAUAUUUUCCUUCAUAUGAGUUACUUCGUACCUUCCCAGACGCGAUGUCCUGGCUUGUUUGGAGUGAAAGAGAAGCAAAAGACUGUGUGAGUUGAACUUUAUAAACUGUUGUUACUGAGCAUAUUUUUUAAAGAUGUGGAGUUGCCGAUGAGAAAAGCCCCCCCCCUAGUUGGACGGAAGGAGUGCCUGCACGCGUUCGGAGGAUUUAUGAGCUGUGACGCACUUUGAAUUGGAGCAGCGACCUGAAGCUAAGUUCAGCUAUAGGGCAAGGAGAUCCAUUAAUUUACCAAGAGUUUAUGGUUUGAUGUUUGGGUCUUCUGCCUGGAAAAGCUGUAAAUUUUACUAAGAUCUGGUUACAGGUAGGUAGCCGUGUUGGUCUGGAUCGAAGUAAAAUAAAAAAAUUCCUUCAGUAGCACCUUAAAGACCAACUA